CAACAAUACAUAGAAGACGACUUCAUCUAUAAAAGCUCUUAUAGCGAAGUUAUUCCAACUAAUGUACAAGAAGAGACGCUUGCAGUAACUUCAAAAAAAUGAAUUUCCUGUUUUUUGCAUUAUUACUGGCUGUGGUGAAAGUUGACAGUACACCGCUUCCAACGUUCAACACUGAAGUUAAAGAAGCUAAAUUAGAAGCUGCUUCUCAGGUUGCUAGUAAUAUUGCCAAUGUUGUAUCCCAGGCUGCAGCCAGUCAAGCAGAAGUCGCAUCAAACUUGGUCGAGGGUGUUCAGCAACUCGCAUCGAAUGUUGUCCAAGGCAUUCAAGAAGUCGCAUCGAAUGUUGCCCAAGGAAUUCAACAAGCUGCAGCAGCUAGACAAGAAGUUGCUUCUAAUAUAGCUACCAAUAUUGCCAAUGCCGCAACCCAAGCCGCUUCCAAUCAAGCACAACUCGCAUCAAACUUUGUCGAAGGUGCUCAACAAGUUGCCGCAGCUAAACAAGAAAUUGCUUCUGGUAUAGCUCAAGGUUUUCAAGAAGUCGCAUCGAAUGUUGCCCAAGGAGUUCAACAAGCUGCAGCAGCCAGACAAGAAGUUGCUUCUGGUAUAGCUCAAGGUUUUCAAGAAGUCGCAUCGAAUGUUGCCCAAGGAAUUCAACAAGCUGCAGCAGCCAGACAAGAAGUUGCUUCUAAUAUAGCUACCAAUAUUGCCAAUGCCGCAACCCAAGCCGCUUCCAAUCAAGCACAACUCGCAUCAAACUUUGUCGAAGGUCUUCAACAAGUUGCCGCAGCUAAACAAGAAAUUGCUUCUGGUAUAGCUCAAGGUUUUCAAGAAGCCGCAUCGAAUGUUGCCCAAGGAAUUCAACAAGCUGCAGCAGCUAGACAAGAAGUUGCUUCUAACAUAGCUAACAAUAUUGCCAGUGCCGCCUCCCUGGCUGCUUCCAAUCAGGCACAGCUCGCAUCAAACUUUGUCGAAGGUGUUCAACAAGUUGCUGCAGCUAAACAAGAAAUUGCUUCUGAUAUAGCUCAAGGUUUUCAAGAAGCCGCAUCCAAUGUUGCCCAAGGAAUUCAACAAGCCGCAGCAGCCAGACAAGAAAUUACUGCUAAUAUAGCUAGCAAUAUUGCCAAUGCGGCAUCGCAGGCUGCUUCCAAUCAAGCACAACUCGCAUCAAACUUUGUCGAAGGUGUUCAACAAGUCGCCGCAGCUAAACAAGAAAUUGCUUCUGGUAUAGCUCAAGGUUUUCAAGAAGCCGCAUCCAAUGUUGCCCAAGGAAUUCAACAAGCUGCAGCAGCCAGACAAGAAGUUACUGCUAAUAUAGCUAGCAAUAUUGCCAAUGCGGCAUCGCAGGCUGCUUCCAAUCAAGCACAACUCGCAUCAAACUUUGUCGAAGGUGUUCAACAAGUCGCCGCAGCUAAACAACAAGUUGCUUCUAAUGUAGCUCAAGGUUUUCAAAAUGUCGCAUCGAAUGUUGCCCAAGGAGUUCAACAAGCCGCAGCAGCUAGACAAGAAGUUGCUACUAAUAUAGCUAACAAUAUUGCCAAUGCCGCAUCCCAGGCUGCAUCCAAUCAAGCACAAGUCGCAUCGAAUGUUGCCCAAGGUAUUCAACAAGUUGCUGCUGCUAAACAACAAGCUGUAUCCAACGUUGUCCAGGCCGCCCAACAAGUUCAGCAGCAAAGAGCACAAGCAGUUCAAAAUGUUGUCAAUAAUGUAGCGGCUGUCCAACAGCAAAAGGCACAAGCAGUUCAAAAUGUGGUAACCAAUGUUGUGCAAGCAGCCCAGGCCGUACAAGCUCAAAGACAACAAGCCAUUGCCAAUUUCUGGAAGCCUUGGGGUUAAUUUUACUAAUGAAAACGAGAUUACAUUUUCAUUUAAUAAAUUGAUACAUCCAAUG